UUGCCUCGCGGGCCGGGCUCCUGCCAUGGCUCUGGUAGCUGGUGUCAUCCGGCGGCUGGAUGAGGCCGUGGUGAACCGCAUCGCGGCCGGCGAGGUCAUCCAGAGACCGGCAAACGCCAUUAAGGAGAUGAUAGAGAACUGUUUGGAUGCUAAAUCUACAAGUAUCCAGGUGGUAGUCAAAGAAGGUGGUCUGAAGCUCAUCCAGGUCCAAGAUAACGGCUGUGGUAUCAGAAAGGAAGAUCUGCACAUCGUUUGUGAGAGGUUUACUACCAGUAAACUGCAGAAAUUUGAAGACUUGGCUAGUAUUUCAACAUAUGGUUUUAGGGGUGAGGCAUUGGCUAGCAUCAGUCAUGUUGCCCAUGUUACAGUAACAACUAAAACAGCUGAUGCAAAGUGUGCAUACAGAGCUUCUUACAGUGAUGGAAAAAUCAAAGCUCCCCCAAAACCCUGUGCUGGAAACCAAGGGACACAAAUCAUGGUUGAAGAUCUUUUUUACAAUGUAAAUACAAGGAGGAAAGCUUUAAAAAAUCCAAGUGAAGAGUAUGCAAAAAUACUAGAAGUUGUUGGCAGGUAUGCCAUCCAUAACUCAGGUAUCAGCUUUUCAGUUAAAAAGCAAGGUGAUACUGUGUCAGAUGUUAGAACUUUAGCAAAUGCUACGACGGUGGACAACAUCAGGUCCAUCUUUGGAAAUGCUGUUAGCAGGGAACUCAUAGAAGUGGGAUGUGAAGAUGUAAAUCUGGCCUUUAAGAUGAAAGGCUACAUCACGAAUGCCAACUACUCUGUGAAGAAAUGUAUAUUUUUACUCUUCAUAAACCAUCGGCUGGUAGAGUCAACUGCUUUGCGGAAAGCCAUAGAGACUGUGUAUGCUGCUUAUUUGCCAAAAAGUACUCAUCCAUUCCUAUACUUAAGCCUGGAAAUAGCCCCUAAAAAUGUUGAUGUGAAUGUGCACCCUACAAAACAUGAGGUCCACUUCCUUCAUGAAGACAGCAUUCUAGAGCGUGUGCAACAACACAUAGAGAGCAAGCUGUUGGGUUCUAAUUCUUCAAGGAUGUACUUUACUCAGACAUUGCUUCCAGGGGCCGAAUGUUCUUCCAGUGAGGUGGUAAAAUCAGCAGCAAGCUCUUCUACGGCUACAAAAGGAACCAGUGAUAAAGUUUACGCGCACCAAAUGGUCCGCACUGAUUCCCGAGAGCAGAAGUUGGAUGCUUUUCUUCAGCCAGUGAACAACCCCCUGAGUACAGGCCGCACCGAAGAGACAACAGGGGUUAACGUGGCAGCUCUGGAGGGCACAUCAGGAGGCCAACAGGACCGUCCUACUAGGCCACAGGAUGCUGAAAUGGAAGACGUGAGUGAGCUUCUGGAAACAGCUGAUGUAAUUGAAAUGGCUGACGUUCAGCAGGAUGCAGUGAUGCCUGGAGGGCUGAGUAAGAGCGGACACUUGUCUCCUGAGAAAGCACUUCCUCGAAAGAGACCACGGGAAGACACAGACAUACAAAUGGAAGAAGACACCAGGAAGGAAAUGACUGCUGCCUGCACCCCUAAAAGAAGAAUUAUCAAUUUGACCAGCGUGCUGACUCUCCAGGAGGAAAUUAGCAGCCAGGCACAUGAAAGUCUUCAGGAGAUGCUGCGCGAUCACUCAUUUGUUGGCUGUGUCAGCCCUCAGUGGGCUCUGGUGCAGCAUCGGACAAAACUGUAUCUUCUCAAUACAACAAAACUCAGCCAAGAACUCUUCUACCAAAUACUUAUUUAUGACUUUGCAAACUUUGGCGUUCUAAGGCUCUCUGAACCAGCUCCUUUAUAUGAGCUUGCAAUGCUUGCUUUAGAGGACCCAGAGAGUGGCUGGACAGAAGAAGAUGGCCCAAAAGAAGGCCUUGCUGAGUACAUAGUUGAGUUUCUGAAAAAGAAGACUGAAAUGUUAAAAGACUAUUUCUCUCUUGAAAUUGAUGAGGAAGGAAACCUUACUGGAUUACCACUCCUGAUAGACAACUACAUUCCCCUGCUGGAGGGACUACCGAUGUUUGUCCUUCGUAUGGCCACUGAGGUAAACUGGGAUGAAGAAAAGGAGUGCUUUGAAAGCCUAAGUAAAGAACUGGCUAUGUUCUACUCCAUUAGAAAACAAUAUAUAAUAGAUGAAACCAACCCGACAAGCUCUCAGAAUGAGGAUUCUGACUCUGGUUCACCACCAUGGAAAUGGACAGUGGAGCAUGUUGUUUACAAGGCCUUCAGGACUCAUCUUUUACCUCCUAAACACUUCACAGAUGACGGCAAUAUUUUGCAGCUUGCUAACCUGCCUGACUUGUAUAAAGUUUUUGAGAGAUGCUAAGAAAUUAUUUGUAUAGAUUUGUGCAUAUGUAAAAAACUUGUUACACUGUUAUAUUCAGAUAAAGUAUUGGAGGCAGUGGGAAGGGAAGAGAGGAUUGAAUGACAGCAAAUAGAUGCUAUAUUUUUUCUUCAGUUUAUCAGAGAACAAAAAGAAUUGAUUAUGUUCCUAAAAUAAAAGAUAAGAUUUCAUUUAUGGGCUGUGCAUCAAGUUUGCUGGAGAAGAGAAGCUAACUUGAGCUGAAGCUAACUGAAGUGCAGGUGCUUUAACAUGGCUUGAGCCCUGAAGGGAAGAUUAUCAACUUCCUUUUGUUUUGAUGAUGCAGGUACCGUCAAAAAAACCAACAGUCUUCAUGAACAUCAACUUAAAGCACGUGCAGUAUCUUUUUAGUACAGGACUAGCUGAUGUGGUAUUUCAGAGCUCUUCAAAUAAGGGGGCUCACUUGCCUUUAUCAAGGAGUCUGAAAGUGGAAACAGGAAUUUGGUGCAAGGUAACAAGUUUGCAAACAUUAAAUCUGCUUCAAAGAAGAGCUGCCGUUGAUAAUCCUGAGCACAGGCUCAAGAAUGAGAGACCAUUAGUGCUGCUCAGGCAGAAAAAAACCUCAUUUUGAGAUCUUCCCAACUCUGAACAGUGCAAGGACAUCAUUGGUCCCUGACCAGCUUCAACUGUGUGCUUUAAAAAAAACAAACAGCAGCGCUAAGGCUCUGGAGUAGAAAGGUCCUACAACCUUCCUUGCUGUGAUAAAUGCUCCCAAAGUGCACUGUGAUUCCCCUUGAUAUACUGCCACUGCUAUAGCUUGCUUGUCUUGUGAUUUCACAGAAUGGCCCGGGUUGGAAGGGACCCCAAGGUCAGGAGGCACAGUAGGGAUGGGUGGAUGGUUCAACUACAUGAUCUUUUCCAACCUUAAUUCAACCUGUGAUUCUAUGAAAUACGCUGGCUUAGGAAAUGCUUGCAAAUUCUUACCUUGAGUUUGCUAUAUCAUUAUUGAUGUUUGGUAUAAAAUACAUUUCUCUCCCCUCUCAAGGAUUUUCUGCCACUACUCCAUCUUCUUGUUUUUCUUUAUAGCUGUUUUUAACCCAUCCUCCUUUUCUAGUUUUUUUCCCCCAAGUAUUAAACUGCAAGAGGAAACUGGCACUGAGAAUAAGGUUAUAUUUCUUGUGGUUCAAGAAGAAUUUCAUACUGCAGAUAGACUGAGAGAGGCAUUAAAGAAAAAAGGUAGUGUGCUUUGAUGAAGGUUAUAAGUAAUAAAGGAAUUGCCCACCUCCUG